AGGCUGAAGAGUUUCCACUAUCUGAAUCUCCGGAAGAAACUUGGCUGUCCAGCAGCGUGAUCUUCUAACCUGUUUGGGGUUGAAUUCAGAGAUGGAAGACCAGGAUUUGACCAGCCUGGAAGCUGGAAGGAACCUCGAUGUCCUGGAUGUUGCAAACGGGGCAGAAUUCUGGGGGAAGAAAGUACAGAAUAUCCUGCGCGGGGUGCACACUUGCUGGUCAGAACAGCACAAACGUUUCAGGGAGUUUUGUUACCAAGAAGCAGAAGGGCCUCGGGAAGUCUGGAGCCGGAUUCACGACCUUUGCCACAAAUGGCUGAAGCCCAAAAGGCAUACGAAAGCUCAGAUCUUGGAUCUGGUGAUUCUGGAGCAGUUCCUGAAAAUUUUACCCCCGGAGAUGGGGAACUGGGUUCGAGAGUGCGGGCCGGAGACCAGCUCGGAGGCCGUCGCCUUGGCGGAAGGAUUCCUUCUGAGCGAGAUAGAGGGCGCACAAGCGCAAGGGAUGCUGGCCAGACCUGCCUCAGAGUUUCCUGACCCAGACAGUUUAUCAGCCACCGCGAAUCCAAGGUUGCCAUUUGAGAAAAUCCUGAAUGAUAAGGCCACUUCUCUAGAAAACCAAGGGGCCGUUGAGAGUGGGAGAGGCACUGCUUCUCUGCAGUCAGAUCAGGGCUCAGGGCCUUUUAGCAAAGUGGCUACGGAGGAAAGGACUCCAUUAGAUCCAAACCAGAUGGACGCUCUAGAGGAGAAUUACGGGAUGGUGCCCUCUCUGGUGCCCCAAACUAAAUUCACGUCAUGGCAGGAAGUAACUGAGGAUUCAUCUAUCAAGGAUUCUCAAGAAGACAGAUUAGCAGAUGAUGGAAAAAGCAGUAAACAGGAUAAACUGAAGUCUGAAGAAAAACAGAAAUGGGGAGAGAAAGCUGUCCAUUUUGAAGAGGCUGACUUCUCUCAAAUUCCAAAACUAGAAGAUUGUAACGAAGAAAUGAAAAAUACGAGCCACAGUAGAGAAAAACCUCCGAAAUCCCUUGAGUUUGGAGGUGGCUUAAGUGAGCGGGUAAGCCUUCCUAAACCACAGAGAGCCCAUUCAGGAGAUAAAACCUAUAAGUGCUUAGAGUGCGGAAAGAACUUCACAAACCUGAAGUCACAUCAAAAGAUGCACACGGGGGAGAAGCCAUACAAAUGCUCCGAGUGUGGGAAGAAUUUCCGCUACAACAUGAACCUGAAAUCGCACCAGCGAAUCCACACGGGGGAGAAGCCGUAUAAAUGUGCCGAAUGCGGAAUGACUUUCAGCUACAACAUGAAUCUGAAAACACAUCAAAAAACCCACACGGGAGAGAAACCCUACAAGUGUUCGGAAUGCGGGAAGAGCUUCACUCACAGCGUGAAUAUGAAGACCCAUCAAAGAAUUCACACGGGGGAGAAACCGUAUAAAUGUCCUGACUGUGGGCUGACAUUCCGGUACAGCAUGAACCUGAAAGCGCAUCAAAAAAUCCACACGGGAAGCAAACCGUUUCGAUGUUCCCUGUGUGCCAAACGAUUCAGUAACAGUUCAGACUUUAAACUGCAUCAGCGGGUUCAUGCAGGGGAAGAACUGUCUAAUGCGCCCAAGGACUGAGUUUAAAGUGCAACGUGCAGCCUGUAAGAUCGGGCGGGAUGGAUAUUGUUGGAUGUGGGAUCCUGCCUUUCACAUCUAUCCAGGGGUGUUUAGAAGUUGGAGUUUAAAAAUGACAAAAUGAGGACCGUGGCCAUGUGAUUGAAUGCCUGUCCCUUUUAACCUGUGCUGAACAGGAAUCGCAUU